AUGUUCAAUUACUCAAUAAUCGCAUUCAGCAUCGGUUAUUUUCUUUACGAUUUUUACGAUUGCUUACAGAAUUCCACUUCGUCCAUCGUGCCUAUUCUAUUUCAUCAUAUUGUUGUGAUUACAUUCCUCAGUCAUGUACUUAUUCGCACACGUACGAUUGGUUAUGCGCUCUACGCGCUUUCACUCGAAGCUAACAGUGUGUUUCUACACGCUCGACGACUUGUUCGUUGGUAUCCGUCGAGUUUUCAUAACUUGAACUUUUUGAAAGCUUUUAUUGAUAUUGGAAAUUACAUCACGUUUAUUCUAUUUCGUUUUGGUAUUGUGCUUGUUGCAUUACGUGCGUUAUUGAUUCAACGAAAUCGAUUUGAACCAAUCAUUCAUCUAUUUACUGUCAUGUCUGUUUGUGCAAUUGGAAUCUUAAAUAUUGUUCUGUUCUAUCGCUUAUUGAAAAAUCAAAUUAAUUCCAAGAAAAAAUCGAAAGAUGGAAAAGUGAUGAUUGACAAUGAUAUUCUCAUGCCAAGUUAA